AUGGAUUUGAAGCUGGAAAUUCUCCCUCCUAGUAUCUCUGAUCACUGCCUGUUAAGUUUGAAUGCUGAGAAGAUUAACAGAGGAGUGCACAAGAAAUUCAGGUUUACUACUAGUGUGGUGCAAAUACCAGAAUAUCAUGACACUGUCAAACAGAGCUGGAAUAAGGAAAUCACAGGCAGACCUAUGGCUAGACUAUGGUUUAAACUGCUGAGACUACAAGCUCCCCUUUGCAGAUUGAGUAAACAAAUUUCAAACCUCCAUCAGACCAUUGCCCAAGCAAGGAAUGAAUUAUUACAAAACCAGGAAAGUCUCAUUAUGGAUCGUAUGAACACUGAGACUAUUGAGAAAGUUAAAACCUGUACUGAUAAUUUGAUCCAGCUUCAAGAAUUUCAGGACCAAAUGCUGAGACAGAGGACUAAGAUUAAUUGGCUUAGAGAAGGCGAUACGAAUUCAUCAUUCUUCUAUGCUUACCUCAAAUCCAGAACUACAACCACACAUAUCAGCCAACUUUAUAGAGAGGAUGGUAUUUGUAUACAUAAACAGGAGGACAUAGAAAGGGAGGUAUGUGAGUUUUAUGGGAAACUGAUGGGCACCAGGGAAUCCAGAAUUAAUAUGAUAGAUAUUGAAGUCAUGAGGGAAGGGCCUCAACUGUCCAUGGAACAAAGAGCUGAUCUAAUUUCACCAAUAUCUGUUGCUGAAAUCACUAAUGCAUUAAAAGGGAUAGGAGACCUCAAGAGCCCAGGUAUUGACGGUUACGGUGGAAAUUUUUUCAAAGCAAGCUGGGACAUUAUUGAUAAGGAUGUUAUUGAAGCUGUUACAGAAUUCUUUGAGCAGAAUAUGAUUUAUAAAGCUUUCAACGAAACUACCGUUACUCUUAUUCCCAAACAGUCGGACGCCAAAACCUUGAAAGAUUACAGGCCUAUUGCUGGUUGCACCACAAUUUACAAAAUCAUAUCCAAGAUUCUCACAACCAGACUUGGGAAGGUUUUGGGUAACAUCAUCAGUAAAGCGCAGGCGGCAUUUGUUCCAGGCCAGAAAAUCCAUUCUCAUAUCUUACUAGCUAUGGAGCUAUUAAAAGGUUAUAACAGGAAUACAGGUACCCCUAGAUGCAUGGUCCAACUAGAUCUACAAAAAGCAUAUGACAUGGUUGAUUGGGGCGCUCUCGAAAAUAUUCUUAGUGAAGUUGGUUUACCUAAGAAAUUUGUAGAUUGGAUUAUGACCACUGUGACUACAGUUUCUUAUCGCUUUAAUAUCAAUGGCCAGUAUACUGAUAGGAUCAAUGCUAGAAGAGGAAUUAGGCAGGGGGACCCAUUAUCUCCUCUCCUGUUUGUAAUCAUCAUGGAAUAUCUCAGCAGGUUACUUCUCAAGAUGCAAAGGAAUCCAGAGUUUAGCCACCAUGCUAAAUGUGAAAGGCUGCAAAUAACUCACUUAACCUUUGCUGAUGACCUUUUGUUGUUCUCUAGAGGUGAUCAUGCGUCUGUGGAAAUACUUUAUUCAACUUCGAACAAAUUCCUGGAUUCUACAGGUUUGAAAAUAAACCCUUCCAAGAGCAGGGUGUAUUUUGGUAAUGUACCUGCGAGUGUCAAGUGCGGCAUCCUCCAUCUAACUUCAUACAAAGAAGGGUCUUUCCCUUUUAGGUAUCUUGGUAUCCAGUUGACGAGUAAGCGUCUUGCUGUGAUCCAUUACAUGCCGCUGUUGGACAGAUUACUUAGCCGGAUAACUCAUUGGAGCUCUAGAUUGUUGAGUUAUGCAGGUAGGCUGCAACUCAUCAAGAGUGUGCUCUAUGCUAUCACAACCUACUGGAUGCAAUGCAUUUGGUUUCCAAAAACGGUGAUCAACAAAAUCAAUGCUAUAUGUCGCUCCUUUCUGUGGUCAGGUGGUAAUAAUAUAAGCAGGAAAAGUCCAGUAGCGUGGGAAAAUGUCUGUAAACCACAUGUGCAAGGCGGACUAAAUGUGAUGAAUUUGGAAGUGUGGAAUAGUAUGUUUGUGAUAAAACUUCUCUGGAAUAUCUAUGCAAAAUCUGAUGAUUUGUGGGUGCGUUGGAUACAUGCUUACUACUUGAGACAUGAAGAUAUUCUGACUAGAAUGGUUAAGGGAUCUGACUCUGGAAUUUUCAAAGCGAUUCUAAUACAAAGGGACAAGCUAAUGACCAUACAAAGUACAUGGGAUGCUAUGUUGCAGAUGGAGGAAACCAUUGAUCACUUAUUUUUUUGUUGUGUGGAAUUGAAGCAAAUAUGGAGUGGUAUUCUUCAGUGUUUGGGCAUUCAACACACUCCAAAAAGAUGGCAAGAGGAAAUGCAAUGGGCUCUGAGCAAUUAUGGUGGGAAAGGCUGGCAAUCUGAUCUGGUUAGGCUUGCCCUUACAGAAACUCUUCAUGAGAUCUGGCUUUAUAGAAACGAAGCCUGUUUUAAUCAUAUAACUGAUAAUAGGAAUUGUCUUGAUAGAAUUAUUUACAAUAUAAUGUAUAGAGGGUGGACUAAUCCAAAGCUUAGACCACGUAUAGCUAGGUUUAUUUUGCCUUAA